AUGCGUAUAGUGUCAAAGAAAACACUUGAUAUAAGACAGAAUAAAAAUUCUAAUAAGAACCAUGGUCUGAUAAAUGAUAUAUUGUCAAGCGAAAAAAGUGGUUUAGGCCCAAAGAAAAAACUAUCCAGUGAUAAAACAUUGCCUUCAGAGUCUUCUUCAAAUAGACCAUCACAAGAAGUCCAUGCAAUUAAUCCAUCUGUUUCCACUGCUCAACAUAAUAAUAUUCGAGAUGAAGAAGCAAGAUUUCAUGAAGCAAGUCGCGCUACACCUUCUGCUACAGAUCCAAAUUUGCUAAAAAAAAUUGAAACAUUAAACAACCAAGUUCAGCGCACAAAAAGAUCUAACCGUACUGUAUAUUAUUGUACACAAAGAGCUCAAAUAAUCGAAAAGUAUGUUUUGAAGUCAAACUCCAGAAAUAUAGAAGACGAAUUUAUGAUAUCGGAACUUAUUGACUUGAAAAAACUUAGGCAUAAAAACCUGGUCACGCUGAUAGAUGUUUUUGUAGAAAAUGACAAUAUACAUAUUCUAUCUAAAUACAUGGAUGGCCGCACUUUGAUUGAAUAUCUGGAAAAAAGCAGCAAACUAACAAUUUUAAAUAGGUAUGAAAUUUCUUUGCAAAUAGCCAGAGGAAUGAAUUACUUAGAAGAUAAAAAUAUCAUUCACCGGCAACUAAUGACUAGAAACGUAAUAGUGCAUAUUAUUACGGGCAAUAUAAAAAUAUCAGGCUUGUGGCAUUCUAGAAUAAAAUCAUACAAUUGUCAUGAAUCUGAACGGGACGACUUAUCUAAGUUUGCAGCUCCUGAAGUUUUGCGAAAUCAGGAGUUUUCUCACAAAUCAGACGUGUGGAGUUUUGGUGUGGUCCUUCAUAAUAUAUUUUCGGAUACUGAACAUCUCAAUCAUUUUCAAGCUUCAAACGAUAUAAACUAUAAGUGGCUGCAUAAAGGUCAUAGAUUAUUAAAACCAUGUUAUGCAGAUGAUGAUAUUUACAGUGUAAUGGCCAAAUGUUGGAGUUGGAAAGAUGCAGACAGACCAAGUUUUAGAAAAAUACUAGAAUUUCUAAUAUACCUAAGCGAAAAGUAA